AUGAACAAAAACAUUAGAAAAAGCAAAUUCCAUCGCCCUGACAAUCAGCCCAAAGGCAAGCAAGCACGGGAAGAACGUCCAGAAACACGGAAGAAAGCACCCGAAAACAAGAUCUCAAACGCAACUGAAAAAUCUGUAAGGAACAGAUGUUGUCUUGUUCGCCCGAAACAACAAGACUUUAGUCAUUUAACACAGUUUGAUUUUCCACUAAGAUAUGAAGAGGAACCAACUACUAAAAGUCAUUUAUCCAUAUUUACUCAAAAAUAUGGCUUCGAUCCCGCCAAGAGAGACUCAUCUCUUGCAAAAUCGGAUUAUACAAGUAUGUUCGCUACAAGUAAGAUAGAAAACAGUUCUCGAUAUAAACAGGAUUUCGGAGUCGAUGCUAUGAAGUUUGUUGAAACUUCAGAUGGUACUCAGUGGCAGAACAUCGAAAGUAUUAAUGAUCUAGACAAGUUUAUACAAGAGGAGCCUAAAGGGCCUAAAUACAAUGUUAUGUCUCAAAACGUUCACAUAGCAGAGGUUCCGAAGGUGAAGAUAAUCGCGGAGAAGUUCUCGAAGUUCCAGCGGGACAAUGUCGAACUGCGAAAGUUGGACGAGAAAGUUGUUUGUGUGGAGUAUGACAUAUUCGACAGGAAAUCGAAGUCGAAUAUAAACAAACCUGUCCAAUCAAUGAGAGCUUUUUUCUCUAUAAAGCCUCUCUAUGAGCAGGAAGGCACCGAAAAUACACAACUUACAAUACUACCACCAAAAAUCAAAGCCCAAUUCAACGUAGUAGAUGAAGAUUUUAAUAACUUGACUCAAACCGAGGUAGAAAUUAUUGACGAAACGAUAGAAGAGAACAAAUCUUAUUUAGAAGAUUUAAAGCGCAUUAUAAAAAGGGUUGAGUUCGAAAGAGUGAAGAAGGACAGAAGUUCGCUAGAUUUGAAGUCUAUGUACGAAAUGGCGAAGCGAGAAAGGCAUUUGGACAAUAAUUUUUCCGUAGCCAACUUUCUGUCUAUUAAAGAAUUAAAGGAGGUAAAAAAUUUGAUCAUGCAGAAAUGCGCGUCAAGUGUGCAUGGCAUGAGUAGAAAAUUGUUAAAGACUGAGUCUAAGUUAGGUUCGGGUAUAUUAUCUGGAAGCAUAUUGGCAGAAUUGUUCCGUAACAAUAGUAAACAGGUGUUGGAAUAA